AUGGCUCCAGCCUCGCCAAAAGACUCAGACAGCCAAGAACAUGGGGACGACGAGCCGGAGUCUCCAGAAACGAGACCGAACGCCUUGAGCGACACAGCUGCUGAGCAAAGUACGGGUGCAGAGACAAACUUGCAGAACUCUUCAGGAAGUGAGGCGCCCAAACUCCGCUCGCCGGCUGAACUUCCUAGGCAGCAAGAGCAAGAUAUUCUGCCGAAGCAGUCUCAAGCUCCAGUUCAGGCGCCGCCCAGCAUACUCAAGUCCACCCCAGUUGGCCGCAAUCGAGGAUAUUCCCUCAGACGUGCGCUUUUUACGCAGAACGUGCAGAAGCAGAUACCUGACCAUGCGGGGAGCUUCGAGCAGGGUACAUCAAAAGAGGAGAGUCAUGAGAGUGGUUACCGCCCGACAACGGUGACGGUUGAAGAGUCGCAGGAAGAGUCAGAUAGUCGUCCACAGAAGUCUGUGCGACUACCAGACCUCGAGCUUGAGCUGCCUCUCUACCGCCAAUGGAUGGCACAACAGUCUUCGCGAACAACCUUGCCGAGAACAUUCAAGGAUAUCUAUCGCCAGUUCAAGCGCAAGGUUAUUCGGGCUAACGCCAUCACAUCGAGUUUUGACGGGCGGCACGUCAAGGUGAACGUACACGAGACCGAAUUCACGAUCGAUGAGAGGUCCGCAAAGCCGUACAUUGACAAUAUUAUCCGCUCCUGUCGCUACACGCCCUGGAAUUUUGUACCCAAACAGCUUGUGGCCCAGUUCGGAAAACUCGCGAACUUCUACUUCCUGUGUGUCUCUAUCCUGCAAAUGAUACCCGGUCUCAGCACCACUGGCACAUACACCACUAUCAUCCCGUUACUAAUCUUUGUUGCAAUCUCCAUGGCCAAAGAGGGCUACGAUGAUAUAAGAAGACACCGCCUGGACAAGGAGGAAAACGAGCGCACGGCUCAUGUUCUCAGAAUGUCUCCAUCCGGUGGCCCCAGCACCGAAUGGCAGGAGAAGAAAUGGAGCAAUGUGCGAGUAGGCGAUGUUGUGCUGUUGAACAGGAACGACGGCAUCCCUGCAGAUCUAGUACUUCUUCACGCCAACGAACCGAUCGAUACAGCUUACGUCGAAACAAAAAGUCUUGAUGGAGAAACAAAUCUCAAAUCGAAGAAGCCCUUGGCCGACAUUCGUGAGGCAUGCCAGGAUCCAGAAUCUAUCUCCCGACUGGCAGCCGAAUUUGUGGUGGAAGAUCCCAACCUCGAUCUCUACAAAUUCGACGGCAGGGUAGCAAUUGACGGCAAUACGCUGCCAUUAACCAAUUCCGAAAUCCUGUACCGUGGCAGCGUACUGCGCAAUACGCCGUCCGCGGUUGGCCUGGUCAUCUACUCGGGUGAAGAAUGCAAGAUCAGGAUGAACGCCAACAAGGCACCGCGCACAAAGGCGCCGGCUUUACAAGCUAAGGUCAACAGAGUGGUCAUUUUUGUCGCGUCGCUUGUCUUCUUCAUGGCCAUCAUACUGACUGUGGCAUAUCAAAUCUGGCGCCGAACGACAGAGAACAAGUCAUGGUACCUUCAGGAUGCGAGGGUGCCUUUCGGCCAAGUGCUCACCUCCUUCAUCAUUAUGCUGAACACCAUGCUGCCAUUGAGCUUGUAUGUGUCGCUCGAAAUUGUCAAGGUCAGUCAGAUGUUCUUGAUGAACGAUGUGGACAUGUACGACCCGGAGUCGGAUACUCCAAUGGAACCACACACUUCGACCAUCAACGAAGAGCUCGGGCAGGUCUCUUACAUCUUCUCGGACAAGACAGGGACACUUACGAAUAACUCGAUGAAGUUUCGAAAGUUGAGCAUCGCCGGUACUGCAUGGCUGCAUGACCUCGAUCUGCAAGAGGAGGCGGCCUAUGAAGCUGGACCUCAGCGACUAAGACACAAGAAGCGAGGCGGCAAAGGGAAGGACCCUGACACCGAGAAGAAGCAAAGGAUGUCUUUCCCAAAGCUAUUGCUCAAAUCCACCACGUCGACUGUUAUCUAUGGAGAGGAUCAACAGACGCGGGAUGCAGCAGACGCGGCGUGGAGACCAUCCAAUGGCAUCAACAUGACGCUAGAAGCCGGUAAGACGCAAGACAUGCUCGAGUACAUUUACCGCCGGCCGCAUACCGUUUUCGCCCGAAAGACGCGAUUCUUCCUGCUCUCAUUAGCGCUUUGCCACACUUGUAUUCCGGAGAAAGAUGACGAGGGCGAGAUCACUUAUCAAGCCGCGUCGCCUGACGAGCUAGCCUUAGUGAAGGCAGCCCAAGAUUUGGGGUAUAUUGUGACCGAUCGGCAGGCUAAAAGUGUGACGGUCAAAACAUUCGCCGACAGGGAUGAGGCUUCUCCGAUCUAUGAGACGUACGAGGUUCUGGAUGUGAUCGAAUUCUCCAGUACGAGAAAGCGGAUGUCAACAGUAGUCCGCCUCCCUGACAGACGUAUCUGCCUUAUCAUAAAGGGCGCGGACAAUACCAUCCGGAAGCUCCUACGCCUGUCAGAUCUGGCUGCGACCGAAGUGCAGGCGGUGGAAAGGCGUGCCAGUCAGCGAAAGAGUGUUGAGGCGCAGGAGGCGUUGAGGAGGCGUAGCUCUCAGAUGAACCGGACAUCAGGACCCAUUCACGGGUUUGACACCAUUUCUCCACGACCGAGUGGCUUAUCCUUUGACCGUUCUCGAACCGCUCGGGACAGCAUUGAUCAGUGGCUGAAAGAUCAGGAGAACGAACCAAGCACGUCCCAGCACCGCAAGAGUUCUCAAUUCUAUUCACCUCGACCUUCCCUACAACUUCUUUCUCGGAAAUCCGAGAGCUAUAGCGGCAAAGCGCAUUACUCGCCUCAAAUCACACCUCGUCCGUCUAUACAAGUGGAUGGCACAGAGGACCUUGUUGAGGAAAGCCUCGUAGUUGACGACCAUGCUGUCUUCGAACGAUGUUUCCAACACAUUGAUGACUUUGCGACUGAGGGCUUGCGUACUCUUUUGUAUGCAUAUCGAUAUUUGACGGAAAAUGAAUACAGUGAGUGGAAGCAGAUCUAUUUGUCGGCAACGACGAGCAUGACAGACCGGCAAGAAAAGAUCGAGCGUGCAGCAGAGCUGCUCGAGACCAAGCUGGAGUUGCUAGGAGCCACUGCGAUCGAGGACAAGCUCCAAAAAGGAGUCCCCGAUGCCAUUGAGCGAUUUCGGAGAGCAGGUAUCAAGAUGUGGAUGCUUACCGGCGACAAGCGGGAGACAGCCAUCAACAUUGGCCAAUCAUGUCGACUUAUCAAGCAAUAUUCCACGGUUAUAGUCCUGGACCAUGAGCUUGGGGAUCUUCACAGCCGGAUGGCCGACGCAUUUGCCCGCAUGGGCGAGGAGAAGACGGCACACUCUGUCUUGGUCAUUGACGGCCAAACUCUCGCCAUCAUUGAUGCAGACAAGGCUGCAAAGGCGCUCUUCACAGAUAUCGCCAUCCGUGCCGACUCUGUGAUAUGUUGUCGGGCUUCCCCGAGUCAAAAAGCGUCGCUCGUCGCCACUAUCCGAACCAAAGUCAAGGGCUCCGUAACCCUAGCGAUCGGUGAUGGCGCGAAUGAUAUCGCUAUGAUCCAGGAAGCGCAUGUCGGAAUCGGCAUUGCUGGCAAAGAAGGCCUCCAGGCCGCACGGACCUCUGACUACUCGAUCGCGCAAUUUCGCUUCUUGUUAAAACUGCUGUUGGUCCAUGGACGCUGGAACUAUGUGCGAGUCUGCAAGUAUCUCCUCGGCACCCUGUGGAAGGAAAUGCUUUUCUACCUCUGCCAAGCCUUGUUUCAACGGUGGAACGGUUAUACUGGGACAAGUCUAUACGAACCCUGGAGUCUCUCCAUGUUCAACACCCUAUUCACUUCUCUCCCGGUGAUCUUCAUGGGAGUCUUUGAGAAGGAUCUAUCGGCAUCGACCCUGUUAGCGGUUCCCGAACUGUACAACAUUGGCCAGAAGAAUCGAGGCUUCAACUUCCGAGCCUACGUCAGAUGGUGUACACUAGCUGCUUGCGAAGCCGUCCUUGUGUACUUCUUGGUUCACGAGAUUUACGGCCUGGCAUGGUUCACGCGAGAUCAAGAGCUUUACGCCUUUGGGGACCUGGUCUACUCUAUCUGCGUCAUCGUUAUUUCGCUCAAGAUGCAGUUCAUCGAGCUGCACAACAAAUCGCUGCCGGCCGCCAUUGCUAUCUUCUUGUCAGUCGCUGGGUGGUGGCUGUGGAACCUGAUACUGUCCUGCAUAUACCCCUUCAGUCCUAUCUACAACGUGAACCAUGCAUUCUUGGACAGAUUUGGGCGCAAUCCUUUGUGGUGGGUGACUUUGAUAUUGACUGUGGCGGCGGUCUGUUUGGUCGAAUUCACGAUCAAGACGGUCAAAGUUACAGUCUGGCCGAGUGAUGUGGAUGUCUUCCAGGGUUUUGAGCAGGAUCGAGAGGUGCGCAAGCGAUUUGAAGAGGCCUCUGCUGAGCUGCUGCAGCAAGGAUGGGAUAGAGGGACCAAGAGGUCGGGCCUGCAAAUUGCGCGCGAGACCGCUGAGCAGGCAGAACGAGAGGCGCAAGUUGAAGAGCUACUCAAGAAGCCUCGAGGCUUGACGACCGAAAGAAGGCCAAAUACGAAAAGGAAGGAAACGGGAUUUAGCAUGAAGUCGAGCACCAGCACGAAGCGACAGCAGAACCCGAUGGACGGGAGUCACGAAAUGAUCCAAGUCCAACAUCCUCCACCGGGACGGAAAUCGAUCGACAUUGGGGAACUAUUCAGCAAAGGAUAUGGCGCUGUGCACGGGAGUUAG